AUGAUAGCAGGAGGUAAUGUAGUCGUUUCGGUAGUCGAAUCACCAAUAUCAGGAGCUGCGUGCAUUGUUGAUGUAGAGGAACUUCCAGAUGUAGAAGUGGUCUCAGUUUCACUGGAAGUUGCUGUUGUGAUGAACGGGCUGAUGUCCUCUGUGGAACUGAGCGUAGUUGUGGAAGCGAUCGUAGCUUCUGUUUCGGAAGUGGGCGUCGCCGUCAUGCUUGUCGUUGCCGUCGUCGUCAUCAUCGUAGCAGUAGUAGUAGUGUAA